CUCCUACCGACUUGCUACAGUUGGCGGUAAAACUGCUGCAGUGAGAGUCCACGCUGGGGCUUUGCAGGGGGAGGGGCCGCGAACCCCUCAGGGCCGUGUGCUAGUCGCGGGGCGGUGGUACGGGCUGAGCUUAGGAAACGAGCGGUAGUCGAGGGGUGGGGGUCAGUGAUGGGGGGUACCACGGGGCUACAGAGCUCGGGUGGAGGGUGGAAACACCCGACAGGGAUUAGAGGGGACAUUUGCACAGCGCAACAGGUCCUGAUGCACAGUUGCAGGGCUACGGUAGGAUCAUGUGCGAGGGCCCGUCCCGCAUCUCUGGACCCAUCCCCCCAGACCCUACUCUCUGCCCGGACUACUACCGGCGGCCGGCCUCGGCCCAAGGACGCCUGGAAGGAAACGCGUUGAAGCUGGACCUGCUGACUUCAGGUCGCGACCUGGACUCCAGCCCUCCUCGUGGCCCUCGCAUCAGGCCUGGAGCCCGAGAGAUCCUAGAGCGUGGCCAGCGAGGUGUGGGGGACGUGCUGCUGCAACUGGGGGGCAUCUCCCUUGGUUCAGGGGUCUCUCCUAAGAGGAAGGAUCCAAAAGACCAUGAGAAGGAAAACUUGAGGCGGAUCAAAGAGAUUCAGAGGCGAUUCCAAGACCAGGAACGCAGCCGGGAGCAGGCCCAGCCCAAGCCCCUGAAGGCACUGUGGCGCUCACCCAAGUAUGACAGUGUAGAGUCUCGAGUCAAGGCCAGGAUGAAGGAGCUUGGCCCUGCCUCUGUGACAGAACCUGCCCAAUUUCUGCGGGCACACUCCCGCUGUGGCCCUGGGCUCCCACCAUCCCGUGCCUCCAGUCCUCAGCUCACCCUGCCAGGUUCCAAAGCUAAGGGACCAGGCUUAGGUGUGGACUUCAUUAGUCACAAUGCCCGAGCUGCCAAGAGAGCCCCCCGGCGCCAUUCCCGCUCCCUGCAGGUCCUUGCACAGGUUCUGGAACAGCAGCGGCAAGCCCAGGAGCACUACAAUGCCACCCAGAAAGGCCAUGUUCCCCAUUACUUGUUGGAACGCAGGGACCUGUGGCGGAAGGAAGCUGAAGCUCGAAAGCGUAGCCAGCCAGACCCUUCCAUGCCUCCUGGCCACACGCUCAUGCCUGAGAAUCAGCGGCUAGAGACACUGAACAAUCUGCUUCAGAGCCAGAGCAAGCUGCUUCGUGAGCUAGUGCUGUUACCUGCUGGGGCAGACUCUCUGAGAGCUCAGGGUUACCGUGCAGAACUGGACCGGAAGUUGGUGCAAAUAGAAGAGGCUAUCAAGAUCUUUUCCCGACCCAAAGUCUUUGUGAAGAUGGAUACCUAGCCCCUCCCCCCCUUUGUGGGUAGAUUAAUAGGGAGAUCCAUGUUUAGGAUCAGCUCAUGGCUGCAAAGGGCAGACUCAAGCCCUGUUAUAGCUCCAAAGCAUUGGGGUGGGCAGAAUCGAAAGCACUUCGUAGUUACCAGUGGCUGCAGAAGAGCCACCAGCCUCCCAACUUCUCUGUCAAAAUUAAACCGUUUGUACACAGUG